AUGGAAAGACCAUCAUCCCGGAAAGAAGAAGAAAGGACAUACAGACCUCAGAGCAAGGACCCUAAGAAACCUUUCAAAUUGACACCAAAGUUCGACUCAUACACCAAGUUCAAUACCAAGAGAAAAGAUAUAAUUAAACAAAAGCUUAUAAAGCCACCAAGUAAAGCGGGAACAUAUCAGGAUCAAAGGUAUGUAGACAGAAGCAAACAUUGCGCAUUCCACCAAAAGUAUGGCCAUACCACCGAUAAAUACGUGGUGGCUAAGGACCUAUUGGAGAGAUUGGCCAGACAAGGCUUGCUGGACAAAUAUGUCAGCUCUAGAAAUAAAAAAGAAACAACCAAAGACACUAACAGACCAAGCCAUAAUUCAGAUCACAAGGACAAAGGAGUUUGGUCCGGAGCGGUUGAAUCUCCUACUUUGAAGGGAGUAAUAAACUACAUUUUAGGAGGCUUUGCAGGAAGAGGAACAACCAACGCAACCAGAAAGAGAAGUUACCGAGCCAUGAUGACAAUGGACGGAGCUCGCCACAAUACACACACCUCACCUCCAGUAGAACAAAUCUCCUUCAACGCAUCCGAUCUCAAAUUGCAAUAUUUGAACAUGGACGAUACAGUGGUAAUCUUGAUACAUACAGGAGAAUUGACAGUCAAGAAGGUCCUACUCGACCCUGGAAGCAGUGCUGACGUGUUGUUUUACUCCACUUUCAAAAAGAUGCAACUCAGCAACAAGGCCCAACAACCCUCAACUGGGGAAUUGGUAGGAUUCUCCGGGAAAGGGUACCUGUGUCAGGACCACAUAAUGGUAACAGUGUACACCAAUCACAAGGAUGCUCGGCAAUGCUACAAUGCAUGCUUAAAGAUCAUUCCAAAUGAAAUCAUCCCAAGAGUUCACUCUGUCUACAACACAGAGAACAUACCAACUCCAGUCAAGCUGGACCCCAUAGACAAUAGCAGUCGACCCUCUUCAACAGACGACCUAGAAAAGGAACCAAACAACACCUCAUCGAACUAUUGA